CCAGUUCCCAUUCCUUUGUUAAAUUUUAAACAAAUUUCAUUUAAAGAGUUACGCAAAUAAGACUAAACUGCGCAAUAAGAAAUGUCAACAUUAAAAGAAGAAACAGUGUCGCAGGCAAUGCCUGUGGAUAACAAGGAUCCUGAUACAGUGGAUAUGACAUUUACAAAGGAAGUGCGAGGUGCAACAAAAGAUGUACAUAAUCUUACGGAUAUGCUUGUGAAUGCAAAAUUCGCAAUAGCACUUUCCGAUGAUGAAGUGUGGUACGAUGGCCUUUUAGCCUUCUACGAAGUUUAUAAAUUCUUUGAGACACACUUGCCUGAGCGCCUUUUGCCAAAGGACCUGCACCGCACAGCAGCAUUUGAACGUGACUUUGCAUAUUUUUAUGGUGAGAAUUGGCUGAAGAGCUAUGAACCACGCCCAGCAGUGAAGCAGUAUUUGGCACACCUGGAACAAAUGGCGGCCAAGAACGAGGUGCUCUUAUUCGCCUUUGCGUUCCAAAUGUACAUGGCUCUAAUGUCUGGCGGGCAGCUCUUGCAAAAGAAACGUAUGAUUGCACGCAAACUUUGGAUAUUUCCCAAUAGCGGUGCUGAACAACAACAGAAACAGGCCGAGGCCGAGGCGGAUGCACUGGCGGCUACAGCAGCUGCGGCAGCUGUAAAUGAUGACAUUGGUGACGAUGAUUUGCGUACAAGGCCUAUGCCUGAGCAAGUGACAAUAUGUCCAGUGGGCUGUGAGGCCACAUUCUUUCCUGUGAAGAUUCCUGUGCUCAAAAACAAGCUACGACGCAUAUUUAAUGAGGUUUAUGGACAGCUCGAUGCUGAGCAGCGCGCUGAGUAUAUAGAGCAAAGUCGCAAUGUUUUCCGCAUGAACAUAGAGGUACUGCGUACUGUCAAGGGAGUUAAUCGUGCCAAUCUAAGGAAAUUAGCCAUUGCUGUGAUAUUUAUUACCGGCAUAUAUGUAGCCUUUAAGUUGGCGGCAAAGUAGGAGCUUCCGGUUACAAUGUUUAGAAAUUUACAUGUGCAUACUUUUAAUCGAUCAAACGUUAUAAUACUAAUAUUCAAUUAAUGAUAUUAAAUAUCAAAAUAAAUACAGCUUUAGUAGUUGCUUAA